UGUGCAGAACACAAAGUUCGUGCGAAAAUUCGUACACACUUUCGCAAGGCCUGUCGCGAAACUUCGUUCGAACUUUCGUUGUGCAGAACCUCUCUAAUGAAGCGGGACAUUCCAACAUUGCAAGUAGGAGAAAGCCACGAUUGGCGAUUCUCGCCCCAAAGUUAGAGGAAACUGUGUUACUACUCCAAGUAGAGAAAACUAACUCAGCUACGACUACAAGCUAGUUGGCAAUGGCAGCGUCUAGUCAGCAGAAUUCUAGUUUGGAGUUUGCUCGUGUCCUUGGAAUCAUCACACUCAUAUUGAUGCUUAGUCGUUGCUGUGCUCACGUGGAUGCGGAGAGCAGGGGCAGCAACCAUGCUGAUAUAGCUGUCGAGGCUCGAGAACGUAUCAGCAAGAUGACGGAUGAGUAUGAAGUAGUGCAUAUCGACAUGGCACAACACCUUAGUGAUGUUGAGCAUGCCAGCAAUCGUGGCAAGAGAGAUGCCACAGCACAAGGACAACAUGAUGAUCAGUCUAGCAGUGAGCAUGUACAUGUACACCAUCCGCCAACCAGCAGCUUCCAAAUACGGGCAUUUGGAAAGACGGUGACAUUAGAUCUGAAGCAGAACACUGAGCUGAUUCCUGCUUCGUUUAAAGUCUUCACAUUCAAUUCAAUCGAUGAGAGUCCUGUGAUUACUCGUGGAGCAGUCAACUGUUAUUACCAUGGGACAGUGCGUGGCUUGCAGAACGUCAGUCAUGCUCAGUCCACCCUUCACAAACACAGGAAACGGCAGCAAAGUAGUACUGAUGCCAGUGAAGAGAGCAGCACCGCUGUGAUAUCUACAUACGUCGCUGUGAGCACAUGCAAUGGUUUGAGUGGAUCAUUUGGUUUUGAACAGUAUGCUGGCCAUGGAGAAGAGGAUCCAGCCAGAGCUAGCAGCAGCAACAGCAGUAGCAAUGAGCAAGUUAAAGCGUACUCUGAAAGAUAUAUGAUUGAACCACUGGUCAGCCAGACAUCUAAACCUGGUACGUAUCCACACGCCGUCUUCAAAGAAUCCACAUACAAGAUGAGCAAAGAAGAUCCGUUGAAAGGAGGGUGUGCGACACACUUGAAUAUAUCAGCUACAAAGAACACCAGCAGAGGAACUGCAGGUGAGAAGCAGCGGUGGGAUUUUCCUGAUGACGGGUUGGCUGGUUUAGCUUCAGCAGCACGCAAACGUGUGAAGAGGAGUAGCAGUACAGGAGGAGGACGAGAUCCAGCAAUGUAUGUGGAACUUGCUCUGGCUUCUGAUUACUCAUAUACUAAAGCAUAUGGUGGUCUUAGUCUAGAUGGCUCCAAAAACUUUGUUGCAUCAAUGCUGAAGCUUGUAAACGAGGUCGAUAUUCGUUUUCAGGAGCUUAAUGUCCGUAUUAUCCUUGUAACUAUCUUCAUAUUUACUCAGUCACCUGGCCCUUUGAACUUGGAUGGAGAUUCAGGGAUUAACAAUCUCAGAAAAGUGCGUCUAUUUUCAGCACAACACCUCCAGCCAAUUGUUCACUAUGAUAUGAUUCAUUAUUUCAGCGCUCAGCGGCUGACAAGUCCUGGAAUUGCCGGGCGUCCUUUUAUCGGUGAUAUUUGCAACAACUACCGUCAAGGAUUGGAAGGACAAGAAACGCGUUAUCCUAUCCAUGCAGGCUUGCUUGCCCAUGAGAUUGGCCACAAUUUGGGAUUUAAACAUGUUUUCCCACCGUGCGCUUGUAACAAGCCUGGCUGUUAUAGCACAAUGUCUAUAGGUUCCGGUUCAGUAUGGUCUAACUGCACAAUUGAUUGGUUUAACAAACAGCGAUCAGAUCCAAGCAGGAAGUGUUAUCUGAACAAGCCCUCACCAGCGCUCUCCAACGUGGUGUGUGGAAAUGGCAUUGUGGAGGCAGGCGAAGACUGCGAUUGCGGCCUGCACCAGUACUGCAAGGAUGCCUGCUGCAACGCAACAACAUGCCGUUACACACCCGGUUCCCAGUGUAGUCUAGGUGAAUGCUGUAGUAACUGUACUAUCCUGCCAGCUGGCACACUCUGCAGGCCGGCCAAAGGCCAAUGCGACCUGCCAGACUACUGUGAUGGAAGACAAGACAGGUGUUCAGCAGAUGACCUCGCACAGUUCGGGGCAUACUGUGAGGCAGUAGGUCAGCCUGGCACUUGCCGGCAGGGCUCGUGCGGGAACAUUGAUACGCAAUGCCACGAAUGGUUCCCACCCUCUCCGGGUAAUCCCGCUAUAGCUAUCUCCUCUGCAAGGUGCUCCAAAUUGAAUAAUGUAGGUAGCACUAAGGGUAACUGUGGUUUAAAUAGCAGGAAAGAACCUAUUCCUUGCAAGCCAGAGAAUGCUUUGUGUGGUUCUCUCACGUGUGGUCACACUAGUCUAGGGUUCUGUCACAUACAACAGCUGUAUCUUUUUUUCGAUAAUCGUCCCACUGUGUAUGUGGAUAAUGGCAGCCCGUGUGGCAAUGGUUUAGCCUGCUGGAACAAGGAAUGUGUGAACACCUCCAUACUGCAGUCUGGUGCCUGGAGGUGUCCUCAAGCUAAUGGACUCGGCUGCUCGGGUAAUGGCGUAUGCACACACAGGAACGUGUGUCGCUGUGAAAUUGGCUGGCAAGGCACUAACUGCAAUCGUCAAGCCGGUACACUAGACGCAGGCCUAUCAGGUGGCAGUAUUGCUGGACUUGUUAUCGGUCUGAUACUCGCAUCACUGUUGUGUGCCGCCUUUAUUGCACUUUAUCUCAAGCGGAAGCAAAAUGUGGCCAUCGCUCGAGCAAUACCACGACCUUCACACCACCGUCAUUUACGCGUUGCCUCCGAAGAGAGAACCAGAGACCAACCAGGCGCUACAGACGGUCAUGGUGAAGAGCGCAUGGGGAAAUCAGUGACCUCUGCAGAUCCGGGUAUACCUGACUCUGGGCCAAACAUCAUCGGCCAGGCACCUGGUCGACCAAGUCAACCACCAACCAGGCCUGCUCGGCCAUCUGCACCCGCUGCAUAUACAAAUGACUAUGCAAGUUAGCCCAGUUACACCCCCUGCACAUUUUUAAGUAAACACAUGUGAAAGUUUUGUAACAAACUCUCACCGUUCUCUUCUCUGACCUCCUUAAGGCCUUCAUGCAUUAUCCCCUGUACACUUUACACCUGGAAUAGUUUUUACUCGGUUUUAACAAUUCGUGACACAGAUAUUCUUUAGGUGUUUUGAAAUCACUUUUUUGUGCCAG